AUCUGUACUUGUGGUGCUUGUUUAUUUCCUAUUUCUUGUUUCUAGGGUUGAAAAAAAUUGAGAAUUUUCGUACAUUAUUUAAAAUUCCAAAUAUAAAUAUAGAAAUAUUGUGUAGCUUUCAGGAACAUGUCGCUUAGUUUAUUACUUGAGAAAUAUGAUGUAUCAACAGAAGAGGGCUUACAAAAAGCGUUAAGCGAAGUUGAAAAAGAAGAAUCAGAAGUAGAUGAAGCAUUAUCUGGAGUGCUAUCGCGUGCUUGCAUGCUAGAAGACAAGCUCCGCACAGCCAGUCAAGCUUACACUAAGCUCAGUGAAGUGAAAGCUGAUGCACAAGUUGCUGCAGACAUGGUGGACAGAACUGCAGAAUUAGCCAGAGAUGUCAGUGCUAAAGUCAGACAACUCGAUUUGGCUAGAUCUAGAGUGGCAGAAUGUCAGAGGAGAGUGCAUGAUCUUAUUGAUCUGCAGCUAUGCAGCGCAGGAGUUGAAGCUGCCAUAAAAGCUAAUGAUUAUGAGACCGGUGCUGGACACGUGUCGAGAUUCCUAAGCAUGGAUCCAGGUUCAGUAGCGGCAGCGCGGGCUCGCGGAGCCGCCGACCCACGGGACGCAAUGACGCGCGCCGCCAACACACUCAGAGAACAUAUCGUUCGUAGGUUUGAAGAUGCCGCUCAGAAAAACGAUGACGAGAACGUAGACAAGCUUUUCAAGUUGUUUCCUCAGAUCGGACGCGCCGAGGAAGGAGUCCGGCUGCUGGCCAAGUACCUGGCCACCAAGUUGGGGGUGGAGAUCCGUCGGCUGAGCGUGGUGGCGGAGGGCGAGGGUGCCGUGUUCGCCGACGCCAUCACGCGCGUGCUGGAGGCCGCCGCCGCCGCCGCCGCGCGCGCCGCCGCCCUCGCCGCCCUCGCCGCGCCCGGCCUGCUGCCCGCCGCGCUCGCCGCCCUGCAGCCGCCGGUGUGCGCGGGCGUGCGGCGCGUGAGCGGAGCGCUGCUGCGGGCGGCCGCGCGCCCCGCCUCCGCGCUGCAGGCCGAGCCCGCGCUGGCCGAGCUGGCUCUCGCGCACUCCACCAUACAGCUCUACUUCGCGUUCCUUACUAGGAGGACUCAGGCGGACGCCGCUUCCCUUCCCGAGGCUGCCAAGCAAGCGGCGCUGGAUGCCGUGGAGAAACUCAUAGCGGAGUGCGACCUCACGCGGACCGCACAAGACAUCCUGGGGCACUACCUCGAACUCGAGAAGUUCUUCCUAGAAGAAAGCGUGAACAAGGCUCUGAAGAUGGCCACUCCACAGCCCGGAAGCACCACGUCCAGUUUGGUCGACGACGUGUUUUUCAUCGCCAGAAAAGUUAUAAGACGCAGCAUCAGCACCGGCAGCGUGGAGGGCGCGUGCGUGGUGCUGAACGAGGUGAGCGCGGUGCUGGAGCGCGACGUGACGGCGGUGCUGCGGCGCCGGCUGCGGGCCGCGCCCCCCGACCCCCUGCCGCUGCCCGCGCCGCCCGCGCCCCGCGCGCCCCGCCUCGCGCUCGACCUCACGGCGCUCGACCUCACGGCCGACCUGGCGCACGCGCUCAACAAGGACGUCGAGGCGCAGCGCCUGCUGUUCCUCGCGCACCUGGCGGAGGCGGAGGCGGGCGCGGAGUGGGCGGCGCGCCUGGCGGAGGAGGCGGUGCGGGGCGCGGGCGGCGCGGCGCGGGGCCCCACCGACACGCACAAGGUGGAGUCGUGCGCGGCGGGGCUGGGCGCGGCGGCGGCGGCGCUGGCGCUGGCGGCGGAGCAGGGCGUGGCGGCGGUGCGCGCGGGGCUGGCGCCGCGGCUGGCGCUGUGGGCCGACGCGCUGGUGCAGCCCGCGCCGCUCGCAGAAGAGUUAGAGGAUGAUGCGGACGCGUUCCCGCAAGCCCUGGAACAGUUCUCGGAGUGCGCUCGCCAGCACCUGCCGCAGCACACGGUGGACGCGCUGCUGCUGGCCGUCGUCACGGACGUGGCCACGCGGGCCGAGGCGCGCAUCCUGCACCACCACUACGACAGGGAGGGCGGGCUGGCGGCGGAGCGGCGGUGCCGGCGCGCGGCGGGGCGGGCGGGCGGCGGCGGCGCGAGGGAGCGCGCGGCGCGGCUGGCGCAGGCGGCGUCGCUGCUGGCGCUGGAGCGGCCGCAGCACGCCGCGGACGUGUUGCGGUCGCCGCGCCUACCGCCCGCGCGCGUGCGGGACAUCCUCGCCCGGAGGACGGACUUCAAGAUAGAAGACAUCAAGAAGUUGAAGCUGUAGGACACGCCGUGACGUCACACGGUGCCGCCCGGCGCGCGCCCUCUAACGCAUUUACUAUACUUUACAUUUUACCUUUCCAUAUUUUAUUAAAAAUAAAUAUCUAAAUUA